AUGCCCUCUCGAAACAGAGCCUUGAAUAAGAGCGACGCCGAAUCCGAGCAACAGCGCAAUCCGAAGCCCGUCAACACCACAGACCACUCGGUGGUUACCAGCAGUGGUGGACCGUCACAUCGCUCCCGCCGCGAACGGUCUGAUACAACCACCAAGAUCACCACCCUGAACGAUCCACCAUGCCACCCAGUAUGGGACUAG